AUGGGUGGGCGACUUUUCUCUGGCCCAGAAGUUACCGCCAUGACAGAAACAUCCGCAGCUGUGCUCAUCCAAGCAUGGUGGCGUGGCACCCUGCUGCGACGCUCGCUGCUGUAUGCUGCCCUCAAUGCGUGGAUCAUUCAGUCCUGGUGGAGAAAGAUACUGGUGAGCUUGCGGGAGAAGAGACGGCAGGCGGCUCUGGAGCUGUAUGCUAAAAAAACAAGGGCAAUUGUCAAACUACAGUCAUGGUUCCGGAUGUGGCGCAUCCGCCAACGGUACUGUCGAUUACUAAAUGCUGCCCGCAUCAUCCAGGUUUAUUGGCGUUGGCAUAACUGUCACACUCGUGGCUUUAUCCAGGGCGACUAUGAAAUCAAAGAAAAUCGACUGAAUAUUCAACUCGAAAUUUCCCUGGGCUCACAGGCAUGCAAGGUGCAGCAAUGCAUAACCCUACCAAUAAAAGAGUGA